CCCCGAUCCAGUUGGACUUCCUGAUACAACUCUCGUGCUUCGUUCAUCGGUAUAAUCCAGAUCUCGUUCGAUCAUAAGUAGCUCUCUGGAUCUUUUGUCGCUUAAUCAACUUGUCUACUGACUAGUCGUCUCUCAAACGGACAUUCCCAACACCUCUAGUCAUCCCUGUGAUGUAACCGGCUAGACAGCUCUUGUGGCUGUCUGAAUCCGGCUCGACGUUAUUGGAGAAAGCUAUCAUUGCUAAACCUUUCUCCUUCUUAGUCUACGUAACUUGUAUUCGUGGCGAAGCCUUUGUGAUCUGAACAUGAUCCAUUCGGUUGCAGUAUCAGAUGUCAGGACAACCUUGACAGGGGCAUGCCCGCAAGCCAUGCAGUUCGGAUCGUCCCGACUCAUAAAGUCCUCAUUACAACGACGUCAGCUAUGGUGGGGUACAGAUCAGAGAUACAACUACGACUACCUAGCAAAGCAGAUGGACAAGCACAGACGAUUUUGCAUGUCGAAGCUUCGCAACAUGCCAGCUCGUCCGCGGAAGGCGCACGUCUACGAAAGGCAUCAUCGGUGGUGGGAUCGAAGUAACGGAUCAGGCUAUCAUAGAGAUAUUUUCUCCAAAUUUGAGAAUGCAAACCGUCACAAGAAAGAUUUUUGGGAAGCUGACAGGGCCCGCGCCAAGCAAAGGAUGGAGCAGAUUGGGAGGGAAAUCGAGAAGGAUCCUUAUGCAGCAUUGUUUGGAAGGAGGCUAGAACCGUUUAGCUCUUUUGGAAGACUUGAAAACACCUUCACCUCCCUCUGCCGUUCUUUGCUAGGUCUCGAUAAAUCCUCAAAUGCAAUGGAUACGACAGCACGGCCGAAGGCAUCCACAACCGCCUCGAAGAGCUCUCCAGAUGCUGGCAAGGAGGCGAAAUCUGAUUUGAGCCGCGGUGAUCAAUGUCCCACUGAUGUCUCCUCGAAAAUAACUAACUCAAGCUACGAAUUUGAUCCUAUCAGUGGGCGUAUGGUGCCCAAGGCCUUCGCACAAACCACUGUGGCAGGAGACAAUGCUCACGACAACCACCGUACUGCAUCAAUGAAUACUCAGAAACCUCACUCCGAACGUACUGGCUAUAUGUCUCCAAUUAAACGGUUAGCUGGAGAAACUCAGUCAGCGAAAGUCUCAAGGAAUGCAAGGACGGAAGAUAGUUUGCGACUAGGUGUUCCUGUGAUGCCAGUUGCGGAUGAAAUUGUCCAAGCUCAGGACCUGCAUAAUUCGGGAUUGUCAAAAAACACACAUUACAAGGUUUCCGAGUCAUUGAUUACUCCACACAAAUCCCCGACGAAUAUCUUAAAAGAGUCUAAUGGUCUCUCGGGACUAAUCAUAGCCGGGGCGCCCAAAGCUCAGGACAAAAUGGGACCAAAAGAUGUCACAAAUGGCUACGGAAGUACCACCUAUGAGCAUCUGGAAUUGCCAGUCAAUAAUCACCUCUUUCAGAAUUGGCAAGAUACUGCACGCUUAACUAAGUCUUCUGCGCCUAAAAGCAUCCUGGACUCGACGCAGGAACAGGAUCGGGUGCGAGCAGAAAAGGAGGAUGAUUUGGACCUCUUGAGCGCUAGUGAUAUCCGUUCUCAUUAUUACCUGGAGAACCUUGAAAGGGAUCCUGAGACGAAGAAGCAAACUCGCAAAUAUCUAGAUGACAGUUUCGAUUCAUUCGUCGAUCCUGCUGGUGGCAUUGACGCUCAAAGUGUUCGAAGCAGGUUUGAAGAUCAUGAAGCCGCGAGCGCGAUUGAUGAGACCAUCAGACCAACGAGAACAGAUGACAGUGUCGAUCUGCAAGAUGGUCAGGUCCUGGGGGCAUCUCGGGGACUUAUCCAGAAUGAAGAACAGCAAGCUACUCAGUGCUUAAAUAACGCUGCCAUUACUCAGCAGCCAGUUUCUGGCAGUUCAUCAAUCGAAACCUAUCGAGUCUUUGCUUACGAUCCCUCAACCCUUCAAGUGAGUGAAGCAGAGACAAGCUCUACCUUACAUUCUUCAAAUGAGUCCAUCCAUCCGGUAGAAGUCAUGAGUCGAUUAAAUGUUCCGGCCAAGUUUCUUCCCUAUUUUGCAAAAAUGCAUGCCGAUGGUUAUGAGAUCGUGUCUGGUGGCGGGGACAUUCUUGUGUUUAGGAAAUUCCGCAACUCUAUGCAUAAGGACGACGGCUUCUUACCUAAUACUACAGGGAAAGUUGAUGCCGGCCUCAAUAGUCCAAGCAAUGAAGCCUUGGGACAAAAUACAUCGCUCAGCAGGCUGGCGCAGAGCAGCAUCGGCGCAGAGCACUUUUCCAGCCAAGUACCCAAUCCUCAGGCAAUAUUGCUUAAUGAUAGUGGCUCACAGGGCCAAGGCUCUUCUUCGAAGAGUGAAUCCAGACUUAGCCAAGCUUUACGCAGGAUGUUUAUCAGCGGCGUUGCCACCGCGGGGACAUGCUAUGCCAUUGGUGUUGUUGUCGAAUAUUUCCGCACCGGCGGACAGGAUGGGCGAGGCAUUGACGCUUUUACAGUCUUCGAAUCAGAAAGACGUCACGGUGAUUGAGCUUUCGUCUUCUUAUGAACUUGUAUGGCUAAUCUCUCGAGAGUCUACUGUGUCGGCUUGGGUCUAAUAUGUAAAGAAUACUCCAUCGCCUCUCAGUAGUUAAAGUCACAAUCUCCAUCUCAAAAUAAG